GCUGCCUCCGUGUGAGGGAAAACGCGCGCUGGCCUGCGGCCGUGGUGGCUCCCGGACUUGGCGGCGGGCAGGCGAGAUGGCGGUGGAGGUGUUGCCGAGUGCGAAGUGGCUGUACUGUGGGGAGCCCGACGAGAGCCAGAGAGCUGUACUGGUCCAGUUCUCCAAUGGGAAGCUGCAGAAUCCAGGCAACAUGCGCUUUACCUUGUACAAGAGCAACGACUCCACAAACCCCAGGAAGAGGAGUCAGCGGAUCCUGGCAGCUGAAACAGACAGACUUUCCUAUGUGGGAAACAAUUUUGGGACUGGAGCCCUCAAAUGCAACACUCUGUGCAGGCACUUUGUGGGAAUUUUGAAUAAGACCUCUGGCCAAAUGGAAGUGUAUGAUGCUGAAUUGUUCAACAUGCAGCCACUGUUUUCAGAUGAAUCAAUUGAGAGUGAAGUGACAUUAGAGAGUCAGACCAAAACUUUUAGAGAAAAGAUGGAUUCUUGCAUUGAAGCUUUUGGUACCACCAAACAGAAGCGGGCUCUGAACUCCAGGAGAAUGAACAGAGUUGGCAAUGAAUCUUUGAAUCGUGCAGUAGCUAAAGCCGCAGAGAAUAUUAUUGAUACAAAGGGUGUGACUGCUCUGGUCACUGAUGCCAUCCACAAUGACUUGCAAGAUGACUCCCUCUACCUUCCUCCCUGCCACACCGAUGCAGCCAAGCCUGAAGACGUGUAUAAAUUUGAAGACCUUCUUUCUCCUGUGGAGUAUGAAGCUCUUCAGAGCCCAUCUGAAGCUUUCAGGAAUGUCACGUCAGAAGAAAUACUGAAGAUGAUAGAAGAGAACAGUCACUGCUCCUUUGUCAUAGAAGCGCUGAAGUCCUUGCCAUCAAAUGAGGAGAGCCGAGACCGCCAGGCCCGAUGCGUAUGGUUUCUGGACACCCUCAUCAAAUUUCGAGCACAGAAAGUGAUUAAGCGGAAAAGUGCCCUGGGACCUGGAGUUCCACACGUCAUCAACACCAAACUGCUGAAGCACUUUACCUGCUUGACCUACAAUAACGGCAGUUUACGGAACUUAAUUUCGGAUUCUAUGAAGGCAAAGAUAACUGCGUAUGUGAUCAUACUUGCCUUGCACAUAAACAACUUCCAGAUUGACCUGACGAUGUUACAGAGGGACUUGAAGCUCAGUGAGAAAAGGAUGAUCGAGAUAGCGAAAGCCAUGAGGCUGAAGGUCUCCAAAAGAAGAGUAUCUGUGGCAGCCGGCAGGGAGGAGGAUCACAAACUGGGCACCCUGUCCAUCCCGCUGCCUCCAGCCCAGACCUUGGACCGCCAGUCAAAACGGAGGAGAAUCACUUAGAGGUGUGCUUUCCAGACAGAGCAUUUUGGCCACAUCAUAACCACUGCUUCUGUUCAUUUCCAUUUUUAUUUUUAAAGAGAGAGGAAAAAGCCUUGCUUGGUCUGAGUAUGAAGCCAGAAGCCAGCAUCUCAGUUGUGCUUGUCUUAAGCAGAAACAUAAAAUGGCAACCAUAUUGGACAUCAUCUCCCUCCUUUGGUGUUGCUCUGAUUAUAAAUGUCAGGUAGUUCCUGUGUGGGGAUGUGGGAGGGUGGGGCCUGGGGAAGUCGGAAUCAAAAGAUCUCAUAGGCUGAACUCUGAGCCAAAUCUAACAGAUAGAGGUUAAUCAAGAGAAUCAUGAAGUGC